CUUUCCGUAGUAUUUGAAGUGGCCCCUUUUAGCCGGGGGUGCGCAUGCGCUGUUCGUGCCUUCACUUCCCUGGGUAUAGCAUGAGGGGAGCCGGCUUGGAGUUGCGGUUGGAGCCUCUGCCUUGGGUUUCUCUGGGCUUGCGGUUGUUCCUGGUUAAUAGUGACUGGAACAAAUACGACUGACAACAUAUCUUGUCUCAAGCCCUUAAAUUCUUUUCAGCAUGGCUGGAAGCAUUACUGAUACAGGGGAGCUCUACUCUCCUUAUGUUGGCCUGAUUUACAUGUUCAACCUCAUAGUUGGCACAGGAGCUUUAACUAUGCCAAAGGCCUUUGCUACUGCUGGUUGGCUUGUCAGCCUUAUUCUAAUAAUGUUCUUGGGAUUUAUGAGUUACAUGACCACAACUUUUGUAAUGGAAGCCAUGGCUGCAGCAAAUGCUCAGCUUCAUUUAAAGAGAAUGGAAAAGCACAAGGAAGAUAAUAAUGAUGAAGAAGAUUCUUCAUCUGAAAUUUCUGAUAGUGAAGUUCACCCAGAUGUUUAUGAACGAUCAGAAACACGGCCAAUUCUGUCUGUGCAGAAACGAGGAGCACCUAAUAUUUUUGAAAUCACAGAAAGGGUAGAAAUGGGUCAGAUGGCCUCCAUGUUCUUCAAUAAAGUGGGAGUGAAUUUGUUUUACUUCUGUUUAAUCAUCUAUUUAUAUGGUGAUCUGGCAAUCUAUGCAGCUGCUGUCCCAGUUUCUCUCAUGCAAGUGACUUGUACUAUGACUGGCAAUCAUUCAUGCAGCGUGGAGGAUGGGACAAAGUAUAAUGACACAGACAAGUGCUGGGGGCCAAUCAGGAGGAUUGAUGCUUACAGGAUUUAUCUGGCAGUAUUUACUCUUCUUUUGGGUCCUUUCACCUUCUUUAAUGUGCAGAAAACUAAAUAUCUUCAGAUCAUGACAUCGCUAAUGAGGUGGUUAGCAUUCAUCAUCAUGAUCAUUAUGGCCCUUCUCCGCAUCUCCAAAGGUCAAGGGGAAGGCCACCCCCCUCUGGCUCAGCUCUCAGGAGUACGAAAUCUCUUUGGAGUCUGUGUUUAUUCCUUCAUGUGUCAGCACUCCCUGCCAUCCCUCAUCACUCCCAUCUCUCAGAAGAAGCAUGUUAACAAGCUAGUCCUGCUGGAUUACGUCUUGAUCCUGGGUUUCUACAGCCUUCUGUCUUUCACUGCUAUCUAUUGUUUCCGCAACGGGACUCUGAUGGACAUGUACACACUCAACUUCACAAACUGUGACAUUGUCAACAUUGCAUUUAUCCGCUAUUUCCUGGGACUCUUCCCCGUCUUCACCAUCAGUACAAACUUUCCUAUAAUUGCUGUGACUCUAAGAAAUAAUUGGAAAACCCUCUUCCACCGGGAAGGGGGAACCUACCCUUGGGUAGUGGACAGGAUUUUUUUCCCAGUCAUCACACUAAUUCCUCCAAUUGUUGUGGCUUUCUGUACUCAUGAUCUGGAAUCCUUAGUGGGAAUUACUGGCGCCUAUGCUGGAAAUGGGAUCCAGUACAUCAUUCCUGCUUUUUUAGCAUACUAUAGUCGGAAAGAAACGCGAACGACCUUUAGAAAUAGCGCACUCAACAAACAUUUGUCCCCUUUCCGGCACACCUUCUGGAUUGGGUUUGUGCUGCUCUGGGGGAUUUUUUGUUUUUUGUUUGUGACUGCAAAUAUCAUUUUGAGUGAAACAAAAAACUGAUGAUGGAGCAAUAUUUCUGGUUAAGAGGAUCUCUAAGACUUCCAUUCCAGGCGUUGCACCUAAUAAGGAUAUUUUUAAACUAUCUCAAGUUUAAACUACUUUUAAACUACUAAUACAUCAUUGAGCUUGAUGCUCAUUUGAGGCACCUUGCUGCUUGUUCAGUUACCUUUCAGGUUCUGAUUUUCCAUUUAAUGUACAAAACAAUUGGACUCUAUCCUACAUCAGGCUUUCUAAGUGGGGUGUUUUCCUUCCUAUUAGAAGAUUUCAGAGACUAUUGGAUACGCAUCUAAUCAUGUGAUGGAAAAGACCAGUUUUACUAAAGGUUUUACUUUUAGUAGUCAAAGCAAUAGACGAUGACUCAAGUCAAUUACUUACUAAGAUCUGCUUACCUAAUCCUUCAUAUUCUUUCUGAAGUGGCUUUCUGUUCUGCCAACUCAUUGAAUAUUAGGAGCAAAAUGAAAGCAACUGAUGGAACUUGGUUUCAUAACUGUUAAUACUGCAUGAUGUAUGUAGCAACCUAAACCCUUUGGAAUGGGUAGAGGAGCCCCACCACUUCCUCUUCUCCCCUCGUCCUACUUUGAUUGUUUUCCUCAUUUGUUUUUCAGCCUUUCCAAUGCCUUUAAAUGUUGCCUUGUUUCAUAUAAUGCAGCCCUGAGACUGAAACUUGCCAAACUUUAAGCUUUGUUGUUACUUUAUUUCAGAUAUUUCCCUCCUCAGUUGUUUAUGUACUCUAUGGGUCUGAGCAGGAUGUCCUGUCAUGAACUAUACACUCAGUUGAUACAAAGCCAUCUCUUAAAUAAGUAAUAAGAAAUGUUUCCCAUUAUAAUGCUUUAUUUUCUCUUUAUACCAUUAACAGAAUCAUGCUAGGGUCACAGCAGCAGGGCAGGCCCAGCCCUGUGCUUUCUGUACGAGUGUGAAAAUGUUGAUUACUUAUUAAAAGACUACUUUGAUAAAUGUGGAGAGCAGCUGAUAUAGUCUUGAUGCAAUAUGUUAUGACUAAAUCUAUCUAAAGAAUUUUCUAAACAUAGGGGGAAAAAAACUAUAGAAAGUGGAAAGAGACUUGUUCUGAAAGCCAAUCCAUCUUCUAUCUGAAAAUUACAAACGAUGCGUCCUGAUUCUCGCUAAAUCAUGAACUCCAAUCCAUGAAAUCUCAUUUCUCUUUCUCCUUAAACUGAUGAUCACAUCAUAAAAUGUAAAGGUUGAAGGAGACUUUAGAGAUUGUUGAGUCCACUGCCAUCCUAGUGCAUGAUUCAGCUAUAUAGCUUCGCACCUUAUAGCUGUCCACAGUCUGUGUAAACACCUCUUGUGAAGUCAGUCAUCACCUGAAGGAGGCUGUUCUAUUGUUGAACAGCUCCUACUAUAAGGAAAUUCAGAUGACCCAUUAUUAAUUCCUUCCAUUGUUUGCCAUUCUGUCUUCUGAAAUAACUUUGAGUGAUGCUGUACAUCACCCAGAGUCACUUCCUGUGAAAUGGGUGGCCAUAUAAAUUUGAUUAAUAAAUAAAUAAAAACAUUUCCCCUUCUACAUGACAGUCAUUUAGCUACUUCAAAACAACUCCCUGCAGUCUUCUCUUCUCCAGGUCUUCUAUCUCCUCAUAACACUUUCCUUCCAGGUUUCUUAUCAUCUUAGUUGCUGUUUUUGGAUGCAGAGCUAUGUAAAUCAAAAAGUAAAUAAGUAAAUAUCAGUUUGUGAAAGUCAUUACUAAAAUACAAUGCCCAGAACUGGAUGCAGUAUUCUAGGUGUAGUGCUGUUCUCCUUUUCUCUUGAAUCAGGCUGUUAUAUGACAACUAAACCUUCUGAAAAAAAGGGGGUGGGGUGGGGGUUUGAAAGAGAACUCCCAUCUUAAAUCCGAUUCCUACAUCCGACUUGAUACAUGAUGGUCAAAAUACUGGAUUUCAGUUGCUUCUAGUUGGGACUAUAAGGCUUUGUUGAGAAGGAAUAUUUCUUCAACUGCUGUUGAUACAGUCACAAGAGGAGUUUAGGUCAUAAAACACAAAGUUAUCCAUAUAAGGAAAGUAUUAUUUUUCCUUUCCUUUGGCUAUCGUUGUGUUGAAAGUGCUUUUUCUGUUAUUAAAUUCCAUCUUCCAAACAGGUGGAUGCUGCUGCUCUUCUCCAGGCUGGUUGUACCAGUGAUAUUAAAUUUGAUGUUCACCAAAGUUAGUUGAUAAAUUCAGUGAUGUUAGGUUUUUUUUUUUUUUUUUUAAGAAUUGUUGAGUAGAAUGAUUUUUUUUAAAAGCCCAAAUUGCUUUUAUUACAGAGAUUGGCAGCAACUGUUCUUAAAAGAAAUACAGACAGUGUCUUUUCUUCAGUGAAACUCGGCUAUCUCCCAAAGAAGACUCUGUCUUUGCUAGAUUGCAUAAGGUUAGGCUUGGCAGCUAGGGACGUUUGCUGCAGGCAUAUCAAGACCUGAUGACAGCAACCUCUCGAUAUCAGGCUGUUCUUGGCAGCCCUUUUGGUGCAUCAGAGAAUCACGUACACAACCUGCAAAGCUUGCAGAUGAAUAAGGCUGGUUUUGGGGCACCAGGUUGAGGGGAGCUCUUAAUGACUGAACCCAUAAGAGCCAGAUUUCUGCCCUGGUUCAGGGAGAACAAAAAUAGUUUGUUUAAAAAAAACAUAUCCACACUCCGUUGAAAUAGGAACUCUUCUGUCCCAACAAGCGCAUAGAUUUAGCAUUGUUCAUUUCUGUCAUUCUUGCCUGCAAUUGCUGCAAACCUUCCUAAUCGGCAGAAGAGAGAUCACGGGGAGUCAUUUCAGGGCUGUCAGAUGCUGGUCCAAUCUCUCCUCAGAAUAAUAAGACACCAGCAAAGAUAGGAUGGCUGCUAGCAUUUUAGUAACAAAACGUCCUGUACCUUAGGAAUCACCCGUAUAUGAUGAAAAUGCACAUUUUGGCUAUUACUGCUUAAUCUUCAGGCCUUGAAUGAUCUGAAAGAUAAAAAGCGCCCUACUUCCCCUAAAAGAAUUGACCAUAUAUUGUAUUUCUUUUUUCUUCUGGAUAGUGAGUUACUCGUUUUAUGCAUGUAUCCCUCCCUAAUCUUAAAAGAGGGUUUCUUCCCCCACUUCUUUUGACCUUGCCACUCGGCUCAGAAGAACCUCCUCUGAAGGCAGGGUUUGCCAUCGCUCGAUUCUAGAAGCAGCCAAAAAGGGCUAGAUUUCAGCAAAAGCAGAAUUCCUGCAACUGGUCUUCUGUUAAACAGAAGCUCAUUUUUCCUGUUUGAAAAGAGUGUUGGAAGUAAAGUCUUCAUCCUGGUUCAUCCAAGCCGGGAAUAAAUAAGCAAUAUGGCGACUGCUUUAAAGAGGCAGAAAGAUGGUUCUUGCAGGAAAGACCAGAGGAAAGAAAGGCCUGAGCACAUGGGCAGUAGUUUUUAUACCUUCCCUAGCCUUUUGUUUGGAAGUUUCCUGUUCCUGUGGCAUGAACUUUGAACCAAGUCUGAGUGCUUUUCUAGGCCUUGGUAUCUGUGGUUUAAUCCUAUUAUGUCCCAAAAGUCAUAUCCUGCUUCCCUGGGGCUGGGCUAAUGACUCUUAGAGUUUGGGUGGGCUUUGCAGAUUUUAGGUCUCUUUGUCUUCUUGAG